AUCACGUUUAGAACAAAUAUAAGAGAAGUGAUAUUUGUUUGGAAUAAACUAUAAAAGCAAAAAGAAGCAAAAUAUCCAUAUAUUUUGGUGAGAGAAGAAAUAUUAUUGAAAAGUUGUUGAUCUGUACAACUUGAAGGAUCGAUUUUAUUUGUUCUUGAAGAGGUGUCUGAAGAAUUUUGAAAAUCAUCAUAUGACUGUGACACGUACAAAAUGUCAUUUUUAGAAAAACGUAAAUCCAGUAAACACCAAGAAAUUCAUACAAGUCAAGAACCAUAUCACUGUGAUAUCUGUGGUAAAUCAUUCUCUGAUGGCAAUACCCUAAUUAAACACAAACGUAUUCAUACAGGGGAGAAACCAUAUCACUGUGAUAUCUGUGGUAAUUCUUUCUCUGAUGGAAGUAGCUUAAUUAAACACAAACGUAUUCAUACUGGGGAGAAACCAUAUCACUGUGAUAUCUGUGGUAAAUCAUUCUCCGAUGGCACUAACUUAACCCAACACAAACGUAUUCAUACAAGGGAGAAACCAUAUCACUGUGAUAUCUGUGGUACAUCAUUCGAUCAACGCGGUAACUUAACUCGACACAAACGGGUUCAUACAGGAGAGAAACCAUAUCAUUGUGAUAUCUGUGGUAAAUCAUUCUCUGAUGGCACUAACUUAACCCAACACAAACGGGUUCAUACAGGGAAGAAACCAUAUCACUGUGAUAUCUGUGGUAAAUCAUUCUAUCAGGGAAGUAACUUAACUACUCACAGACGGGUUCAUGGAGGGGACAAACCAUAUCACUGUGAUAUCUGUGGUAAAUCAUUCUCUGCUUGCUAUACCUUAACGAAACACAAACAUAUUCAUACUGGAGAGAAACCAUAUCAAUGUGAUGUCUGUGGUAAAUCUUUCUCUGAUGGAAGUAGCUUAACGAAGCACAAGCGUAUUCAUACAGGAGAGAAGCCAUAUUCCUGUGAUAUCUGUGAUAAAUCAUUCUCUGAUGGCAGUACCUUAAUUAAACACAAGCAUAUUCAUACAGGGGACAAUCUAUAUCACUGUGAUAUCUGUGGUAAAUCAUUCUAUGUUCGCAGUAACUUAACUCGACAUACACGUAUUCAUACAGGUGAGGAACCAUAUCACUGUGAUAUCUGUGGUAAAUCAUUCUCUGAGAGCCGUAACUUAACUCAACACACACGUACUCAUACAGGGGAGAAACCAUAUCACUGUGAUAUCUGUGGUAAAUCAUUUCCUGAUGGUUGUAACUUAGCUUCUCACAAGUGUAUUCAUACAGGUGAGGAACCGUAUCACUGAUAUAUGCGGAAAAUCAUUCUCAUAAAAUCAUCACUUAAUUAAACACAAGUGCAUUCGUUAUGCAAAAGAUCCAUAGCA